AUGUCGCGCUACGGGCGGUACGGAGGAGAAACCAAGGUGUAUGUCGGUAACCUGGGAACUGGUGCUGGCAAAGGCGAGCUAGAAAGGGCUUUCAGUUAUUAUGGCCCCUUAAGGACGGUGUGGAUCGCGAGAAAUCCUCCGGGAUUUGCCUUUGUGGAAUUUGAAGACCCUAGAGAUGCAGAAGAUGCUGUUCGAGGCCUGGAUGGCAAGGUGAUUUGUGGUUCCCGAGUGAGGGUUGAACUAUCCACAGGCAUGCCUCGGAGAUCUCGUUUGGAUAGGCCACCUGCCCGACGUCCCUUUGAUCCAAAUGAUAGAUGCUAUGAGUGUGGUGAAAAGGGACAUUAUGCUUAUGAUUGUCAUCGCUAUAGCCGACGACGGAGAAGCAGGUCACGGUCUAGAUCACAUUCGAGAUCCAGAGGUAGACGAUAUUCUCGCUCAAGGAGCAGGAGCAGGGGAAGGAGGUCGAGAUCAGCAUCUCCUCGAAGAUCAAGAUCUGUAUCUCUUCGCAGAUCACGAUCCGCUUCACUCAGACGAUCUAGAUCUGGUUCUAUAAAAGGAUCGAGGUAUUUCCAAUCACGGUCAAGAUCCAGAUCCAGAUCCAGAUCUAUUUCACGACCAAGAAGCAGCCGAUCAAAGUCCAGAUCUCCAACUCCAAAAAGAAGUCGUUCCCCAUCAGGAAGUCCAAGAAGAAGUGCAAGUCCGGAAAGGGCGGACUGA